AUGAUUGAUCCGUCUACGGGACUGAUCUAUGCCAAAAAUAGAUCAUUGUAUCCAGUAGUCGGAGGAGAGCCUGUUGAUAUAAUGAAAGUAAUAACUGCUGAUGGGUGGAAUACCACAAGACCGCUCAUUACCGUGAAUGGAACUAUGCCAGGACCUUCAAUCUUUCUCUACCAGAAUCAGACGAUCACCAUCAUAGUCAAAAACAACUUGGUAAACAAAGGCGUCACCAUUCACUGGCAUGGAAUAGACCAGCUUGGCUCGGCUGCCAUGGAUGGAGUAGCUUUUGUGACCCAAUGUCCCAUUUUACCAGGACAGUCUUUUAACUAUACGUUUCAGCCUCGUUUUAGUGGUAUUAAUUGGUAUCAUUCCCACAUGGGCAACCAAAGAGACAUGGGAUUGUAUGGUGCCUUUACCGGUCGACGUUCUCCAAAAACCCAAGAUGCCUAA